UCGGUCUCUUGGCCUUUUCCAAAUAAUAGAUCUAAGCUUUUCCAGUAAAGCAGUUUUCCGUAUCGAUGUGCACAUUUCUAAUACAUUUUUCCUUCUGUAUAAUUUCUGAGAUUAAAUUUCACAUAGAAGAACAUAAUUUUACUCUAUUUUCAAUUUUGACUUCAUGCGUUUUUAUUGAAUCAGAGAUGGAUCUCUCCGAUCAAAGAAAAAGAUGAGGCAGACAUUCAAAAUCAUUUUCAAAUCCUUAAAGCUUUACAGACACAUUGCAUGAUUUUUCAGUCACAAUCAUGGCCGUAGCCUGGAGUCUUCUCUUUUGGCUUCUCAUGUUUUUUAUGAACUUUGCCUUCAUCGUUUCAAGUUUCUAUCAGCUUUUGUGCCUAUUGGACUUGGAGGGUGACCAUAUGAAUCCUUUUGAAGCAUCAGCUCACAUCAAUUUCUGGGUUAUGAAAGAGUUUCUUCUGCAUGGAGUAUUCUGCAUUCUUCUACUUGUUACAGGGCACUGGCUCAUAUUUCUUGUUGCAGUUCCCCUUGCUAGCUAUCAUGCACUUCUGUAUAUGAAGCGGCAGCAUCUUGUUGAUGUAACCGAAGUUUUCAGAAAUCUUAAGGGCGAGAAGAAUCUUCGACUCUUCAAGCUUGGAUUCUACGUGGUUUUCUUUGUCAUAGUUGUGUUCAACCUUGCGAUUGCAACUUUUGAAGCUGUCUUGCAUGAAUGAUGACCUACAUUACAUAUAUAUUAGCUCUCGACCACACCAGCGGUACGGUAACCACGCCUCACAAAUCUCUAUCAUAUAGUUUUAAUCCAUGCAAAAAAUGAAACCAUGGCUUACAGGAAUAGAUGAGUUAGUUUUUACUGGUUGAAAUGAGUUUUACCAAAUUGUUGUCAGGUUGGCUAGCCUUUUUAUGUGUCAAUAUCUCCAUUGUGAUUUGGGUUAUGGAAAAUGCGAGAACAUCUAUCUGUCUUGGAGAGUAAUUUAAGCGGAUGCAACAUUUCAUUGUUGUUUCAAUGGAGUCAUAUCCAACCUUUCUUUUUUUUCUUUUUUUUAAAACUCUUUUUAAUCGAAGUUUUUUUUCCUUUCACUCUUCUUUUGCUCUUUCUGGUUCAUGUUCUCUCAGAUUAUACAUUGGCAAGGGUUGACAAUGCAUACAAUUAAUCACUGUUGAGCUGGGAGUUUUAUUUAUCAUAGAUUUAAUGUUCCAUAACUUUAAUUUAAAUUAGUUUAACCUUGAUAUGCUUUGGCUUUCCAUUAA